UUCAUUCAACUUGGUCUUUUCGAAGCAGAGCGUCGAUGGGCUUCAGCUAUGUCGGAUAAAAUGGAAAUGGAAGACAACCCCGAUAAAAUGCGUAAGCGAAUGUCAAUGCGUAUGCAUCUGAAACGCGCUGUAUAUCAUGCAACUGCACUUGAGCUGCUUGUACGAAACUCUGCACGGUGCGAUGCUCCUACCAAACUUGAGGCUCAAGCAUAUACAUCGUGGCUUGCUGGCGUUUGCGCUUUCGAGAUGCGCAGAUGGCCUGAAGCUUGUGAACUUCUCAAAACUGCAAGGAAAGUAUAUGAACGUCUGGCUGAGGCUACGCAUAACACUACCCUAGCAACUUUGUAUAAAGCAAGGUAA